AAAAAAAAGGUGGGUGGGUGGGUAGACAAGAAUCUUUUCCGGUUUGUCACAGUGAGUUCCAAAUGGAAGCUUGCCUUUUGCAUGAAUGUACCUGUUUGGGGCUGGGGGAACAGUCACUGCCUCGGGGUUCAGGACUCGCCUCCCUCCCUCUGCCCCUCCUCCCUCAGGAUGUCCAUGAGAAGCCCCGGCUCUGCCCAGCUGGCCCUGGAUGACGGUGGCACCAUGGUGAACUGUACUGUCAAGUCAGAGGGGAAGAAGGAGCCCUGCCACGAGGCCCCCCAGGGCUUGGCCACCGCAGCUGAACCCCAGCCCGGAGAUCCAGCCCGGGCCCCCCAGGAUGGUGCUGACCCUCCAGCUCCAGCCCAGGACAGCAGCUCCCUGGAAAGCAACGGGUCCCCAGAACCCAAGAGACCAGGAGGCUCUGAGGCUGCUUCUGGAAGCCAGGAGAAGCUGGACUUCAACCGAAAUUUAAAAGAAGUCGUGCCGGCCAUCGAGAAGCUGCUGUCCAGUGACUGGAAGGAGAGGUUUCUGGGAAGGAGCUGUGUGGAAACCAAAGAUGUCAAAGGGACCCAGGAGAGCCUGGCAGAGAAGGAGCUCCAGCUGCUGGUCAUGAUCCAUCAGCUGUCCACCCUGCGGGACCAGCUCCUGACGGCCCACUCCGAGCAGAAGAACAUGGCCGCUAUGCUCUUUGAGAAGCAGCAGCAGCAGGUGGAGCUGGCCCGGCAGCAGCAGGAGCAGAUCGCCAAGCAGCAGCAACAGCUGAUUCAGCAGCAGCAUAAGAUCAACCUCCUUCAGCAGCAGAUCCAGCAGAUCAACAUGCCUUACGUCAUGAUUCCAGCCUUCCCCCCAAGCCACCAGCCUCUGCCUGUCACCUCCGACUCCCAGCUGGCUUUGCCCAUUCAGCCCAUUCCCUGCAAGCCAGUGGAGUAUCCGCUGCAGCUGCUGCACAGCCCCGCCGCCCCCGUGGUGAAGAGGCCUGGGGCCUUGUCUGCCCACCACGCCCUACAGGAGCCCUCCCAACCCCUAAACCUCACGGCCAAGCCCAAGGCCCCCGAGCUGCCUAAUGCCUCCAGCUCCCCGAGCCUGAAGAUGAGCAACUGUGGACCCCGUCCUCCCAGCCAUGGGGCCCCCACACGGGACCUGCAGGCCAGCCCCCCCAGCCUGCCUUUGGGCUUCCUUGGUGAAGGGGAUGCUGUCACCAAAGCCAUCCAGGAUGCCAGACAGCUGCUGCACGGUCACAGUGGAGCCUUAGAAAGUCCCCCCAACACCUCCUUCCGUAAGGACCUCAUUAGCCUGGACACAUCCCCAGCCAAGGAGCGGCUGGAGGAGAGCUGUGUGCACCCACUGGAAGAAGCCAUGCUGGGCUGUGACGUGGACGGCUCCCGCCACUUCCCUGAGUCCCGGAACAGCAGCCACAUCAAGAGGCCCAUGAAUGCCUUCAUGGUGUGGGCCAAGGAUGAGAGGAGGAAGAUCCUCCAGGCCUUCCCAGACAUGCACAAUUCCAGCAUCAGCAAGAUCCUUGGCUCCCGCUGGAAGUCCAUGACCAACCAGGAGAAGCAGCCUUACUACGAGGAGCAGGCAAGGCUGAGCCGGCAGCACCUGGAGAAGUACCCUGACUACAAGUACAAGCCACGGCCCAAGCGCACCUGCAUCGUGGAGGGCAAGCGGCUGCGGGUGGGCGAGUACAAGGCUCUGAUGAGGACCCGGCGCCAGGAUGCCCGCCAGAGCUACACGACCCCCCCGCAGGCCAGCCAGGUGCAGAUGAGCCCCUCAGAUGUCCUGUACCCUCGGGUGGCAGGCGUGCCCCUGGCACAGCCCCUGGUGGAGCACUAUGUGCCCCGCAGCCUGGACCCAAACAUGCCUGUCAUCGUCAACACCUGCAGCCUCAGGGAGGAGGGCGAGGGCACAGAGGACAGGCACUCGGUGGCUGAUGGCGAGAUGUACCGGUACAGCGAGGAUGAGGACUCAGAGGCCGAGGAGAAGAGCGACGGGGAGCUGGUGGUACUCACAGACUGAUCCCGGCUACGUGGGCCUGGCCCUCCUCCAUGGGGAAGACCAGGCCCCACGCCAGCAGGCACAGCAACCCCACCCGGACUGCGUUGGUACUUGGACUUGCGCAUGCCUGGGAGAUGGGCACAGCUGUGCAUUUGUAGAUACAUUCAUGAUGGGAGAUGCCCCCUCCCCACCACACCUGUGGGCACACCUGAGGAUCUGAUGGCCCGAGUGGGUCCUGCAUGGCGGUGAUGGGCUGGGCUGGCUGAGCUCCGUGGUGGCCCUUGGGGCUCGUGGCCAGGGGACACUGUAUGACCCUCCCCUCCUGCAGGUCUGCCCAUCCCAGGGGUAUGGCAGCUACAGACCUGUUCCCCUGGGGCCACAUGCUUUGUUUGCAUUCUUGUCCUGGCUGGACCAGCCACCACGGACCAGCACGCACCGCCCCACCACAGUACCCCAGAUCGCUCCUCUACCACGAGGAUCGCUUUGUACUUUGUGCAGAGAGGUCUGGCUCUCCUCCAUGUCUCUAUCUUCUGCCAAGCCUUUCGUGCCUCUGGCUGGUGUGUGUGUGUGUGUGUGUGUGUGUGUCUGUGUGUGUCUGUGUGUACCCAUGUGCGCAAGUGCACAUGUUUUCAUCUGUUCUUUCAUUGCACAAGGUAUUUAUUGAGUGCCAGGCACUGUCGCUGAGUUCCUGUGGGUGUGUCCCUUGAUGCCAUUCUUGCUUUUCCGGGGGGCUCUUUCUGUGCUUCUCUUUGUCCCCAAAUUGCUACCUCUUUGUCAGUCUGGGUGUCUCAGGUUCUGUGUGUCCUUGGUGCAUUUCUCUGUCCUUGUUUCUCUGCAGGGCCUUUUUUUGUGUCUCUCCCUUCUUCCGUGUCUGCCCUUGCCCCUUUAAUGCCUGCUGGGUGUCUGUAAGCCCCUGGUCUGCCCUGGGCUCCCCAGCCAUCCUAACCUCCCCUGCCUGCCCCUUCACUCCCUCCCUGACUCUGCAUGUCAGUUCCCAUGGAGCCAUUUUUAGCUCCCAGCAGCAUGGGAAUGUGCUCAGCUUCCAAGGGGCUCUGUCAUGAUGCCCCAGCCCCUGGUCCCAACCUGAGUGCCAGGAGUGGGGGCAGGAGGACUGAUGGUGCCCCCUUCUGUAAGUGACAGAAGCCCUGGAGAGGGGGCUCUUGUGCAGCUGGUCUCCACUCCUCUGUCCUGAGCAGGGGAUGGGAGUUCCCCACCCCGACCCUGUCCUUGGAAGGCUUCAUCCUCUCCCACCCAGCUCUGCCCCUACACCUGCCCGCUCCUCUCCCCUCCCCCACUCUACACCCGUAACUUGCCUCAGCUCCUGAUCCCUUUCCCUAGGAAAAUCAAAUCCCGUUGGCACCUGACUCCAAAGAUCCAGAACAGCCCUGGGGCAAGGUGGGAAGGGAACCCCAAAUCCUAAAGGGACAGAUGUGGAGUCUGUGUCCGCUCCCCCAUCUUCUCCCCUUCUACUUCCCCAAGGCAGCUUCUCUCCAGGCUGUUUCUUUUUUAUGACUGUAAACAUAGUGCUUUAUUUUGUUAAUAAUAAGAUAAUGAUUAGUAACUUAACCAGCACAUUUCUCCUGUUUACACUUGGGGGAAUUUUUUUGUUUUCUGUUGACAUAAUAAAGACAGACCAUUUCAGAA